UAGAAGAAGAUGGUAGUUCUUUGCUCUGCUAAUUCCCUUUCAUAAUAUUUCAUAGGAUUCUACUCUACAUGUAUUUUUUAUUUUGUAUUGUUUUUGUUCUCAGGAAAAUUUGAAGGAAUUCAACAGGAGGGAUUUACUGUGAACCAAAGAAGUUAAGCUUGUAAAUUAUCUUGCUAAUCACAGACUUCCAUGAAACGCAGAUAGCUCCAAAGACUUUCUGUCUCUGCAAAACCGUCUUCAUCAAAUCACACUAAUGGACCCUCAGGCGGGCAGCAGCCAGUCUGUCAUUAGCUUUGCUGACAAAUCCCCUGCCAGUACUUUCAAACCAACUCACUCUCGGAAUAACAGCACGGGUUCAUCCAAGCAUUCAAAACAGUCUCGUAACUGGGAGAUCAUGGAUGAUGGCUACUCUGCCCCUGGUUCCUCUAUGGACCUCAGUAUUCCUGGGAUCUGUGAGGGUUAUCUCAUGAAGAGAAGGAAGUACCCACUAAAGGGAUGGCACAAGAGGUACUUCCUUUUGGAGAAGGGUAUUCUCAAAUAUGCAAAGACUCAACAAGAUAUUCUGAAAGGAAAACUCCACGGUUCCCUGGAUGUCAGCAUGGCUGUUAUGUCAGUGAACAAAAAGGCCAAACGAAUAGAUCUCGAUGGUGGAGACAACCUUUACCAUCUUAAGGCAAAGAGCAGUGAUCUCUUCUACAUUUGGCUGACAAAGCUGGCUGCCCACCGUGUUUUUAGAAAACAUGAAGCAAUGAGUGUCCAUCGAGGUGUUCUUCAUGCUCUUUCAAUGAACCAGAGUUCACUGCCCAUUAUGGCCAAUAUGACCCAUCAACACCAAUCAACUCUGCCUCACUACGCCAGCUCAGCAUCUGUAGCCGGUCCAGAGAUGAACGCUGCUCCCAUGUCCUCUUACUCGGGGGUCAACAACAAGGUGUCUGCUUGGCUCCAGCAGACCCACAACAUUGAUGCAACUUCUAAUGACCUGGCUCGGAGUCAAGCAGAACUGACAGAACUGGUUCAGCUCAUACAGAGACUCCACUGGCUUGAAGGAGGAAUCCCGCUCACUAACACUGACCUUGAGAUGCGCAUCAGCAUGCAGAAUCUUUUCUUGGAGAAACCCAAGAAGAAGUCUGGGAAGGUGGGUCACUCAAGGACUUUGUCUCGUGUUGAAGCCAUGGGUGGAAUGUUCACAUCAAGUCAUCUGAGUACAAACAACGGUUCCAAUAUGGCUGCGUCUGUUCAGUCCAUACCAGACUAUGUUUAUACGCAGCUCUCAAACCCUCAAGUAACCUCACCGGAGGCUAAAAAGCUACACCAAGACAUUUGUGUUCUUUCUCAGAGGGUGCAUGCUUCUCUGACCUCCAUUCAUGAGGUAUUGACCAUGGAAAGGGAGAGACUGAGACAGGCUUGGGCUAGCCCUGACCUGAGGCAGAAUGCAUCACAGCAGCUGGCAACACUGUGCACCACACUUUCUGAGCUUGAUGUGCAGUCCCAUCUGACCAAAGUCCAUUCGGUUUCCCUGUCCUCUGGCUCUACUGAUGAAUCCUUCUGUACUGUCUGUACAGAUCAGAGGUCGCCGUCUAUAAGUCGUCAUAGUCAUCGUGCUCCUUCAGUGGCAGACUCUAUGGCAGAAUAUUUUGAUGCCAAUGAGGUGAUCGUAUGCGAGACCUCGUCAGAGGCUGAGGCAUCAGAUGAGUCAGGCUUGAGUGACAUCACUACAACCAGCACCUCAGAGCCUGAUGAAGGUCACUCCACUGCCACUCUCAACUACAGAGAGAGUCUAAAUAGCGCAACUGACAAGCCCAACCUAGUGCGCACCGAUACAGGGCGUCGCACCAAACUCCCCGCUCCUGGAGGAGACAACAGUCACAUUGGCAUUAUGACCAUCCUUUACAAUAACAUUGGCAAGGACCUGUCCAGAGUCUCUAUGCCAGUGGCUCUUAAUGAGCCUCUGUCUUUGCUGCAGAGACUUAGUGAAGAGCUAGAGUAUACAGAGCUGUUGGACAUUGCCAAUAACACUGAUGACCCAUAUCUAAGAAUGGUUUAUGUGGCAGCAUUCUCAAUUUCUGGUUAUGCUUGGGUGCCAGUUCUAAUUUUUAUUUUUUGUCCAGAUGUACAGCCCGAUGACCACUUCCAGUUCUACGGUUUCUCACGUUAUGCCAGAGAACUAAAUGAACUGACUGCAGACUUGAAAGAUGUCCUCCCCCCAACAGAUACUCGCUUCAGGCCAGACCAGAGGCUCCUAGAAGAGGGGAAAUUGGCAGAGGCAGAUAAAAGAAAAGACGAGGUGGAGGAAAAGCAAAGAGAAAGGAGGAAGGAAAUGGCUAAAAGAGGAGAGGAACACAUCCCUAGGUUCUUCAGAAAAGCACUUGAUGAGGCUGGCAGAGAGGUGUGGCUGUAUAAUGGAACCUACUGGAAGAUCCGUCAAGAUCCAGGCUUUUCAAAGACUGAAAAUCUAGACUUGUGGUAGAGCACUAAAUGUACAUGGUGAAGUUUCAGAUUGCAGAGUACAAUUUUUCUUAAAGUACAAAUUGCAUCGGUACUGUGGUGACUCAACUACACAAACUAAGACUGUGUGCUCUGUACAUUGCUCCUAGCAUCGGGAUUGCUUGAUUGUUCAUAGAAACAUGAAUGAACCUUAAUUUAGUAUGCAACAUGGAUGCAAGAUGGAAUGAUGAAACCUGUUAACCAAAUUAGUUUAGUUUUGGUCAAACUGUCGGUAUCAGACUUUUUAUUUUCUUCCAUUUAACUUCUGUCUAAUUUGUAUUUGUCUUACCUUAAACACAUGGAGAAAACAUUGUAUUUUCAGCUUUUACACAUCAAGGGCAGGGGUAGUUAUAUUUUAGGGGAAUGUGUUGUGUUGCUCUUUUUCCUGCCACACAAUACAUAUGUCUGACAUGAAUUGUAUUUUCUCAUUUGGUUUGGCAUUGUGAUCUCUUUUGGUGUUUUGGGUAUACAUUACAUAAUCAAGUUUUAUUGUUUAUUUUUGCUUUCAUUUAGUGAUCGACUAGAAUUACAUAGACCAAAAUUGCUUGGCUUUUACCGAUUUCAACAUUUUGCCAACAAAAAAAUAGAAAAUUCUUAUUUUAAGUCCCCCCCCCCCCUUCCAAAAUAAACAAUCCUAUCAAGACUUU